CUGCUCCCCACUACCCGAGCAGUGGGGACUUGAUACCCCACGGCCACCGCCACCCCGUGACGCCGUCCCACGCCGGGCACUGUGGCUUUAACGCCCGGCUCGCCGCCUCGCCGCCGUCAGCGGGCAGGAGGAGCCGCACCGAGCCCUGUGCCCCCCCAUUCCCCUCGGGCAGCCCUCGGCAGCCUGGCCGGGCCCUGCCGGGAGGAAGGGGAAGUGCUGGCAGCGGAGGCGAUGCGCCGGAGGAUGCCGAGGCUGCCCCAUGGAAGGUGAAGAAGCUGCGACUCGUCUGCCGGAGCCCCCCCCAAACACUGAGCACACCCAGGAGCAGCCCAAAGAGGAUGAGGAUGGAGCCAAGGCGGCAGCGGCAGCAGCAGCAGCAGCAGCAGGCAGGGAGGAGCUGGCUGGGACCAGGGACGCGGGGGACAGCAGCGGCCCCCCGAGGUGUCAGCAGCUGGACCAGGAUGUGCCACGCUUGGCCCGGGGGGACAGCUUUCCCCUGAAGCACUCCAACACCCUGACCAACAGGCAGCGAGGGAAUGAGGUCUCAGCCCUGCCAGCCACGUUGGACACACUGUCCAUCCACCAGCUUGCUGCCCAGGGAGAGCUCAGCCAGCUGAAAGAGCACCUUCGGAAAGGUGAGAACUUGGUCAAUAAACCUGAUGAGAGAGGUUUCACUCCCCUGAUCUGGGCUGCAGCCUUCGGCGAGAUCGAGACCGUCCGUCACCUGCUGGACUGGGGUGCUGACCCCCACGCCUUGGCGAAGGAGCGGGAGAGUGCCCUGUCCCUGGCCAGCAUGGGUGGCUACACUGACAUUGUCACCAUGCUGCUGGAGAGGAACGUGGACAUCAACAUCUACGACUGGAACGGUGGCACCCCCCUGCUCUACGCCGUGCGUGGCAACCACGUCAAGUGUGUGGAAGCUCUCCUAGCUCGCGGUGCUGACCUGACAACGGAGGCAGAUUCUGGCUACACCCCAAUGGAUCUGGCUGUGGCCUUGGGGCACAAGAAAGGUGAUCGAGAAUCACAUCCUCAAACUGUUCCAGAGCAAGUAGCUGGAGUGAGCCCAGCCUCACCCCCAGCACCAGCACUGCUCCUCUGGCACCAGCCUGCCCCAAGCCAGGCAUUGGCACCAAGCUUCCAGCCAGGAGCAGGUGGAGGAAGCUGGGAACCAUCUGCCUUUGGUGGAUCUGUGCCUCUCCUGCAGGGUGGCACAGCCACAGCACACCCAGGGACACUCACUGCCAGGGCAGCUGCAUCUCUGCCCUGCCUGGGCUCCUCUGUGGGCAUCCAGGUGCUGCACUGUUGGAAGUAAACUCUAAAGCAGCCUUCUGCA